UUUGAUCUCUCUAUUUAUAUUCGUUCAAGUGUAAUCCUAUUUUCAAUUUCUGUGUCAUGAAAGUUUGUAAGGGGUAUUGGUGUCAAUGAAACUGGUGUUUCAUUCAAUAAGAUAAUUGGAUACCAGCGGUGCUCUUAGMCAGGGUAGUGACUAUACGCUUAAUAGUGUAUAGCGACCUGUGAAUAGAUCAUUCCAAUUCAUUAUUGUUGUUUUUUUCUCGGUGAAACUGACAAGAACUCUCUCAUACUACAUCUUGAAACCCGCUUACAAUGCGAGCAGCUAAUURCCUUUAUAUUAUCAUUGUCGUUUGUCAACUGUAUUUCCAGACAAAUGGCCUCUUAACCGGCCAAGACUUAGACAUCGAAGAUCUCAAGGAAGCUUCGGAUGAUCUGUUUCCUGCUCAAAAAUUAACACCACAAAAACCGCUUUGGGAAGCACCAGUCAAGAAAUCAACCACCGCUUAUCAUCUAAGGACCUUGGAUGACAGUCUUUAUCCUCAGGACCAACUCAGGAAUAUCAUAGAACCACGUAGGUUUAUAGAAGGACGUCGAGAUGCUGCUAAGAGRAGCGUGGAUAUUCCAUCCGAAAUCUCUCAUGAAUUUACUGACAAAAAGGCAUUGCUAAGAACGAGGCUGCUUGGUCUCUCACAGGAUGAUGAUGGUGAUUUUGUACGCAGCAAAGUGAAGCGCUCCAGUAUUGGUGAUAGAUUUGGAAAUACAGGAGAUGGGACUGAAAAUUACGAUGAUUCAAAUUAUGCAGAAAACGAAGGAAUUUGGGACCAGUCMCUUCUUGGCAAAAAAACUGAUGAACGAGUGAUUUUGAAAAACUUAAUGCGUCAAGACUCAAGCCCAAUGUUUGGUACUGCCCAGGAAGCCAGGGAUGAGCAAAAUACCAUCAAUGAAAUCGAAGAUCUUUCCAGACAAAGUUCGAAGAUGCCUAAAGACCUUCAACUCCCUUACAUGAACGGAAAUUUCGACAAUUCUGACAUAGGUCUGGACUUCUCAAAAAUGGACAUUAAAAUCGGGAAAUACAACACUGAUUUUGAYAAUAACGGGGAAAAUAGCGAGGCAUCGUUUUUGAGAAGGAAUUCUCUACCAGUUUUGGGACAUACAUGGGAGACAAGAAAUAGGGAUCGCAUCCCAAAACAUCGUAUUUCACAACUCGACGAAUCGGAAGAUCUAUCACAAUACAGUUUGUUCCCAAAGCUUUCCCAGUUCCCAGCCUUUGCACCACCUAACAAAAUAAUCCCCUCCCGACUGGAAAGUUUAGAGAAUUUUAAUGCAAUUCCACCAAUUGGUCCUGCCAUGUUGACUCGUGAAGAUACGUCUCCCUCUGAACCAAUUCCUCCACGAGAACCAACACCCGAUGAUGAACCAGCCCCGGUAUCGGAAUUUAUCCAAACCAAGGAGCCAGCUCCUAUACCCGAACUACCCUCAUUACGGGAAAUACCACCUAUCUCAGAACAACGAGAGCCAGCUCCUAAAGACUUGAAUUCCAAAGAAACAUUUGGAAGCUAGAAACAACUAUACUUGUUCACUUUUUUACUAGUAGUUGAGGUGGCGAUUGUUUGAACAGGAACUUUCAUGUUGAAACCAUUGAUAAAUGAUCUGAACUUGAUCCGGAUAGAAGAGCUCACGUGUGCCGAGUGGAUGU